AUGGCGGGCAGGUUAGAGCAGUUCACGUGGAUCAGGCGGCGGCCUGUGAUGCAGUUGGACCUGAAGCACUCCUGGGCGGGGAGGGAGAGACAGUGGCAAGCGAGGAGUGAUGGAGGUUCGUUAGAGCCAGGGUGCUCUCCCCGCUGGAAGAGGCUCCGUCCGCCCGUUGCCGUGCCCGGGGCUGGAGGUGCCUCCCAGCUCCGAGCUGGCCCCGAGAAGCGGCCCCAGGCUGUGAGGUCACAGGUUGAGUCACCCGUGAACACAGCUGCCACUGAAGGUUCGAAGGAAGAAGCUGGAGUUCUGGAGGACCAGGAAGUGACUGAAAUAGAAGAGAAACUGCCUGACCAAAUCCAGUCCCCCAAAGAGGAAGCUUUUGUUCCGGUAGCCAACUACCAUGUGCCUCAAGGGGUAGGGGAUAUAGUCAUGAUUCAGUCAGAUCACACUGGUGCUGUGGAUAUCCUUUCAGCUGAGCUGGAGACCACAGACCUCCUUGGGGAGCAGAGGAAAGCUCAGCCUCCCCCUCUGGCUCCACCCACCAUGUGGACCACUGAGAAGACGAAGGAGUUCAAAGCUAAGGUGGGAAAGGAGAAGAACGGCCGGAUGGUGGUGAAGCGAGGCGAGGUGGUGACAGUCCGUGUGCCAACCCAUCCUGAUGGGAAGUGCAUUUGUUGGGAGUUUGCUACAGAUGACUAUGACAUAGGGUUUGGAGUCUAUUUUGACUGGACCACUGUUACUAGCACUGCCAUUACUGUUCAGGUCAGCGAAUCCAGUGAUGAGGAGGACGAAGAGGAGGAGGAGGAAAUGGAAGGACUCGCCCCUGCUGGUGACGUGGAGAGGGGCUCCAGGAGCUGCCUGCGGAACCGCUACGGAGAGAUCAUGCCGGUGUAUCGGAGGAACAGCCAUCGGGAGGUGCAGGCAGGCAGCCACGAGUACCCAGGCGAGGGCAUCUACCUGCUGAAAUUUGACAACUCCUACUCUCUCCUCCGCAAUAAGACUCUGUUCUUUCAUGUCUACUACACUAGCUGAAAGAAUGGGAAGGGGCAGGGAUGGCAGGCAGGUAAUGGGGAGGGUAGCAGGCUGCCACCCAGCCCUGGUACCACCUGAUGGGCACUGCUAUGUGACAGAACCAAGGCACAAUUCUGCCAGCUUCUUUUCA